AUGGCGGCCUAUACCAUAGCCUAUACGGCACCCAUAAACCAGGACCAAUUCGAGUCUAAGCUCACACAAGACCAAGUAUGGACCUACAUCGACCUAAAGGCCCACCAUGCCGAGAAAUUCACACCUACCAUUACCAGUUCAGAGAUCCUGCAGGCGUCUGAAGACUGCGAUUUUUUCACUAGGCAAGUAUAUUUCGCUCCGGAUAGCCAUCCUAUGGGCUUGACCGUAGCCGUGGAAAAUCGCUGGCUUUAUCAACCAUGUUGGGUCAAAUAUAGGACAGACGACAGAAGAAACAUUGUCGAUAUGAUCAGCACCGGUUCGGCAGGAGAAUUGCUCUAUACGAGUGUCGUCGAAUGGCGACAUCCAAACAUACGGCCAAACAGUAUCGCGGCUAAGGAUAAAGAGAAGGAAGACCGGGAUACAACGAUCGCGACUAUGCAUCGGAUGGCCCAGGACACGAAGGAAACGAAGUAA